AUGGGAUCCAAAAUGGCCUGCAUCACGGAGACACCAACCAUCAUGACAACGCCAACAACAAACGAAGAAGGCGUCGAGCCGGUGACAAAGCCACAUUCCCCUUCCACGCUCCCCGACAGCGAGGACGACGACGACGAGAGCAUGACGUGCAUGGUCUGUUGGGAGCAAACCGCCAAUGACUCGACUACUACUCCUGCUACAACCACUACGGCUACUACUGCCGCCACAAGCUCCAGCAAGACAUUGUUGACGCUCCCCUGUAACCACGGUGCCUGUCAUUCGUGCAUCACCAAUUGGAUCGAACGCUGCGAGGGAAAUGGCCACGAUGAAGCCACUUGUCCCCACUGCCGACAGGAGAUUCACCCCGACGCCAUUGCUGAAAUCAUGGGACGACCGUACGAGCGGGUCAGCCAAAAGCUGACGCCCGAGGACGCCGCCAUUGUCGAUGAUUUCACUCAAACGUGGUUGGACGACAAUGAGGCUCGUGAGUGCAGCAACUGUGGGAUGUGGUCAGUGCGUGAAGGAGACGACAGUCUCCAAGCCACGGCCUGUUUGUGUGGAUACAUUUACUGCUGGAACUGCGAAGAUGAGGCGGAAGACUGCGGAUGUGACCAUCACGAGUAUUACGAUUACCUCACGGACGACUGCUAUCAAAUGAGCGACGCCAGUGAUUAUCCCGUGGCCACCGAGGAGGAUUUGCAAGAUUUUCAGGCAUUCAUGCAGCGACGAAAGGCAGUCAUAUGUGGCGAUGACGAAAACGAGGCUGAUAGCGACGAGGAACAGGAGAAACAAAAGGUCCAGGAAGAGCCCGCCGAGUACGUGUUCUUGGUAUCCGUCUUUGACGAAUGCACGGAGCCUGCCGAAUAUGUGUUCUUGGCAUCCAUCUUUGAUGAAUGCACAGAGGCAGCCGAUUAUGUGUUCGUAGUGUCCAUCUUUGAUGAGUGCACAGAGCCCGCGGAAUAUGUGUUCUUUGAGCCCAUCUUCGACACGGGCAAAGAGGCCGCCGAGGAUGUGUUCUUGGUGCCCCUCUUUGGUGAGUACACGGGGACCACCGCUGCCGGGAUGCCUGGCUUCUUUGAUUUCGAUUUUCUUCUUUGA